GAUGCUGGACUUGGGGCACUGGAUUUUCUCGAGCAGCGGAGCGCAAUGCGUGUCGCGGGUGGACCUGCGAACCGACGACGAGCUGAGGACUUUCCGGUCCAGUCUCGAGCUGACCACACGCCGCCCACGAGCCCCGAAACGCUGACCCCACUCGAAGGCUCGAAGGCUUUUAAGUUGUGCAGCGGGGCGAGAACCGUCACAGCUCGUGAUCGAGUCGAGACGAGGAUCAGAUCAGCAGCGCCGGCUCCCGACGUUGAGUGUGACACUUGUAAACUUCGCCAGCUGCUGCUGCUGCUGCUGCUGCUCAGAAUGGGGCGAGUCGCUGCAUUGGUGUCGGUGUUCGUGGCCCUGGCGCUGUGCGAGGCCGGGCUCUCGGUGGCGUUCGGGGGCGACCUGCAGUAUGCGCCGAACUAUGGAGUCGAGCUCUCGGCGCUCGAGAGGCAAGUGCCCGUGCGCGACGGCCUGGCCUGGGGCUACUACGCCAAGUCGUGCCCCAAGGCCGAGGACAUCGUCGCCCAGCGCGUCGCUGUCUUCCUCAAGAAGGACGUCGGCGUCUCGCCCGGCCUGCUGCGCCUCAUCUUCCAUGACUGCUUCGUUCAGGGAUGUGAUGGCUCGAUCCUGCUGAGGCUGGAGUCCGGCACCGAGCUCGACGACCCUGCCAACAGGUCCAUCCGCCAGGUGGCCCUGGACCUCGUCGACGAUGCCAAGGCGGCCCUCGAGAAGGUGUGCCCGGGCGUCGUCACGUGCGCCGACAUCGUCGUCAUGGCCGGACGCGAGAGCGUCAAGCAGGUCGGAGGCCCCGCUUUCAAUGUGCCCCUGGGACGUCGCGACUCCUUCACCUUCAGCAACGAUACGAGCGACCUGCCUCCUCCCACCGCCACCUUCCAGGCCCAGCUCGACCUCUACGCCACUAAGAACUUGGACCUCGCCGACCUCGUCGCCCUCUCAGGUAACAAAAACACGACCCCUCCUGUCAAAACUCGCCCUCAAAAUUGGCCAAUUUCGUCGUAGAAAUGUCGAUCGACCGACCUCACGGCAGCGCAGCUCCUCCCUCAUAGAUUGCACCCGAACGGUCGACUGGAUCCCUGAAGAAUGGAUUGGGGGUCACGUGCAGGGGCGCACACGCUCGGGGACGCCGGGUGCGGGGCGUUCCAGAACCGGCUGCGCCCGACGGUGGACCCGAAGCUGAACAAGGUCUACGCCAAGUACCUGACGAACCUGUGCCCGACGAACGGCGCGACGGCGCGGACGGGGCUCGACUUCUUCAGCCCGACCAAGUUCGACAACGUCUACUACAAGAACUUCGCGACGGGCGGCGCGCUGCUGACGUCGGACCAGGAGCUGGACCAGAACAAGCAGGCGCUGGGCCUGGUGCGCCUCUACGCCUCGAACCAGAGCGCCUUCUUCAACCAGUUCCUCUGGUCCUACAUCAAGAUGAGCCAGAUCGUCAGCAGCCCCCCCAACACCGGCGAGGUUCGCCGCAAGUGCAGCGUCAACAAUGGCGGCAAAUCCUCCGCCUCCUCCUCCAUCGAGCCCGAAAUCAUCUCCAUGGUCACCGACGGCCGCGUCGACAUCUAAUCUGAUCUAUCUAAUCCGCCGCGCGAAGAAUCGAUCGACUUGUCGUCUCCGUCGCAUCGAUCGAUUCUGCUCCUCCGCUCGAGGGACGAAGGACUGCCAAUGCAGUGACACCCAAGAGUUUGGGUUUGUAGAUAUGUAUCAACAAGGCGUAGCUAGCGAGGCGCCAGCUGUAGAUCGAUAGAGUUUUGCGCAGUCUUCUAGCGUUCGAAGGGGCGAGAGUAGAGUGUAGAGUGUAGCGCUGCGUAGAGCGUUGUGAGCUUGUUGGAUUGGAGUGGAAUGGAAUGUGAAAUACUGUCUUCUCUUUCAAUGAAUGAUGACCGGCUGCGCCUUCAGCGCGUCCUGCCGAUCCUCUUGUUUCGAAUCAGAGAGUUAUAGUCGCUGAAUUUUCUCGUCUCUGAUCCGAGCCAGAAGUGAGUCAAUUCUUCACUCCUCGCUCGGAAGCAGGGAAGCAUGUCUUCCACACAGUCUCAGAUCUCUAUCAUUUCC